AUGGUGCCUUCAACGAAGACCGUGAAGCCAACGAAGACCAUAAAUGGUGGGAAAGACCUACGAAUGUUCUUUGGACCUGGUGGGAAUCAGCCAAAAGUCCUCCCGAAGGCUGCUGUGGCGAGCUCGCAGGGCUCAGCAUUGAAUUCCCAGAAACUCGUUCCAGUUACUUCAGCGAGUUCUAAAGACCACAAUGUCAUGGUCAUUGACGACAGUGACGAUGAACCGUUGAUACCUACGAAGAAGCCUUCUACAAACAAAAAAUCUAAGGCCGUGGUCUCAAGUGGUGAUGAGCAACCGAAACUACAACAGCAGAACGGCUUGAAGCGCAAGAAAUCGAUAGCCGUUAUCUCCAGUGACGAAGAGGGAAACACACCGGCAAAGAAGAAACCUGCUAUAUCUUCCAAAACGUCAAGUAAACCUCGACCUUCAUUAAGCAAGACGAACGGCAAGAAACGCGUCAAAGAUGAAGACUACGAUAUGGAAUCUCCGGAAUCAAGCUCAGAAGACGACGAGUUCGUGGACGAGGAAGAGGAGAAGCCUGCGAAACGAAAGGCACCAGCCAAGAAACCUGUUGCGAGCUCGUCCAAGUCAAAGCCUGCUCCUAAACCUACCCCUUCGAAGGAGCUCAAAGCUGAAUCAUCUAACCCUCCACCCCCGAAGAAAUUCGAUUGGGCUGCGAAGAAAGCUGCACAACUUGCAGGCCCGAUCGCUCCUGGCUCGAAAGAGGUUCCAGACGGCGCUCCGGACGCACUGGCGGGACUGUCGUUGGUGUUUACGGGGGAACUAAGCAGCUUCUCUCGCGACGAGGCGAUCAACCUUGCGAAACGUUUCGGCGCUCGCGUUGUUCUUCAACCGUCAAGUAAAACCAAUUUUGUUGUUCUAGGUGACAAUGCUGGACCUAGCAAGAUCGCUGCCAUUAAGAAGCAUGGUCUCAAAACUCUCAGCGAAGAUGAAUUCCUCCACCUGAUCGGAACACGGAAAGGCCUAGGAAAUGGCAAGGUCGACGAGAAGACGAGAAAAAAGAUGGAGAAAGAGCAGGAGGAUAUUAAGAAGGCGGCGAAGGAGAUGGAAAAGCAGGAGCAAAAGGACAAGAAGGCUGGAAAGACCAUCGAUCCAUCCACUCAGCUCUGGACAGCUCGUUACGCACCGCAAAGCAUCAAGGAUAUCUGCGGUAACAAGGGCCAGGUCGAGAAAUUACAGCAGUGGCUGCACGACUGGUCCACGAACCUGAAAUCGGGCUUCAAGAAGCCAGGGAAGAACGGCAUGAACGUAUUUAGGGCGGUCCUAAUAACCGGGUCACCUGGUAUCGGCAAAACGACUAGUGCGCACCUGUGUGCUAAGUUGGAGGGGUUUACCCCGAUAGAAAUGAACGCAAGUGAUACUCGGAGUAAGAAGCUUGUUGAGAAUGGUAUGAACAUCAACAACACCUCCUUGGAUGGCUUCAUGAAAGGCGGGCACGAAACAAAUUCACUGGGUGUCGCCAUCACGGACAGGACCUGUCUUAUCAUGGAUGAGGUCGAUGGAAUGUCGGCGGGUGAUCGGGGUGGUGUAGGAGCUUUGAAUGCACUGAUCAAAAAGUCCAAGAUCCCUAUUAUUUGCAUCGCCAAUGACCGUCAAGCACAAAAGUUGAAGCCUCUAAUUGCGUCGACAUUCUCCCUGCCGUUCCACAAGCCCCAAGUUCAAGCCAUUCGCUCUAGAAUCCUAUCCAUUGCCUUCAAGGAAAAGUUGAAGAUUCCUGCAAACGUUGUCGAUCAAUUGAUCAAUGGGGCACAAUCUGAUAUCCGUCAAGUCUUAAACAUGCUGUCGACAUGGAAGCUCUCCAACGACGCCAUGGAUUUCGACGAAGGCAAGAAUCUUGCCAAAAUGAAUGAGAAGCAUUCAAUUUUGAGCCCGUUUGAUAUCACGUCGAAGUUGCUUGGACCUUAUGUCUUCUCGCACACUUCUAGAGAGACGCUGGGUGAUAAGAUGGAGUAUUACUUCCAGGAUCACUCGUUCGUGCCCCUUUUCAUCCAAGAAAACUACCUGAAGACACAGCCCGCCCGGCUGAGAAACCAGGACGGGCCAGAGAAAGCAAUGCACGAGCUCCGCCUUUUAGAUAGGGCUGCGUCUUCUAUCUCGGAUGGAGAUCUUGUCGACGCACUCAUUCAUGGGCCCGAGCAACACUGGGGCCUGAUGCCCUUGCACGCUGUUUGUUCAACCGUAGUUCCUGCGUUCAAUGUUUACGGAAAUGCCCCUCAUUAUGGUGGAUCCAAUCCGUUGACUUUCCCACAAUGGCUUGGUCAAAACUCGAAGCAGGGCAAGCUCAGCCGCCAGCUCGGAGACGUUCAAAUUCGCAUGCGACUCAAGGUGUCUGGCGACAAGUCCGAGAUCCGACAGUCGUAUAUCCCUGCGCUGCACCCGCAUAUCGUGAAGCCACUCAUGGAUAUGGGAGCAAGCGCUGUGGAUGAAGUCAUUACGCUCAUGGAUGACUACUUCUUGUCACGAGAGGACUGGGACACCAUAGUCGAACUUGGCGUCGAUGACAAAAAGGAUGAUCUUAUCCUGAAGAAAAUCCCUGCCGCGACGAAGACUGCAUUCACUCGGAAAUACAACUCCUCAGAGCAUCCGAUACCCUUCCAUAAGGCACAGGAUCUGGGGAAAGCACCGAAAAAACUUGCUGGCGGUCCCGCACCUGAUCUCGAAGAAGCAUAUGUUGAUGAUGUUAUUGAAGAGGCCUCGGACGAUGAAACCAAGAGCAAGGCUUCGGAUGAUAUUACGAAGGACUCGUUGAUUAAGGCGCCAAAGAAGAGGAAAGCCACCGCAAAGAAAUCUUCUUGA